CAGGGAGUGGUGGCGCAUACCUGUAGUCCCAGCACCCGGGAGGCUGAGUCAGAAGAAUUGCCAAGAGUUUGAGGCCAGCCGGAACUGUAUAGCAAGACCCUGUCUCAAAAACAACAACAAAAAAAAGAAGUCCAGCAGGGGGCACAGGCACCCAGAAUGGCAUCGAGUUACCAAGGGCCUCCAGGACAGCUUGUUCUCUGAAAAUGACAACAGCCUGUACUUCACCUACAGUGGCCAGUCCAACACCUUGGAAGUCCGAGAUCUCACCUACCAGGUAGACAUGGCAUCCCAGGUGCCUUGGUUUGAGCAGCUGGCUCAGUUCAGGAUCCCUUGGAUGUUGCACAGCAAUCAAGUUUCUGGUGAGCUGGGCAUCCAGAACCUGAGCUUCCGAGUGCAAAGCGGGCAGAUGCUGGCCAUCAUCGGGAGCUCAGGCUGUGGGAGGGCCUCGCUGCUGGACGUGAUCACUGGCCGAGACCAUGGUGGCAGGAUGAAGUCAGGUCAGAUCUGGAUCAACGGGCAGCCCAGCACGCCCCAGCUGGUGAGGAAAUGUGUGGCCCACGUUCGCCAGCACGACCAGCUGCUCCCUCACCUCACUGUCCGAGAGACCCUGGCCUUCGUCGCCCAAAUGCGCCUUCCCAGAACCUUCUCCCAGGCUCAGCGCAACCAAAGGGUGGAGGAAGUCAUCGCCGAGCUGCGGCUGCGGCAGUGCGCGGACACACGUGUGGGCAAUGCUUACGUGCGCGGCGUGUCUGGGGGCGAGCGGCGGCGCGUCAGCAUCGGGGUGCAGCUCCUGUGGAACCCAGGAAUCCUCGUCCUGGACGAGCCCACCUCGGGGCUGGACAGCUUCACGGCCCACAACCUGGUGAAGACCUUGUCCCGGCUGGCCAAGGGCAACAGGCUGGUGCUCAUCUCCCUGCACCAGCCCCGGUCCGACAUCUUCAGGCUGUUUGACCUGGUCCUCCUCAUGACCUCAGGCACCACCAUCUACCUGGGGCCGGCGCAGCACAUGGUCCAGUAUUUCACGGCCAUCGGUCACCCCUGUCCCCGCUACAGCAACCCUGCGGACUUCUACGUGGACUUGACCAGCAUCGACAGGCGCAGCCAAGAGCAGGAAGUGGCCACCAGGGAGAAGGCUCGGUCCCUCGCGGCUUUGUUUCAAGAAAAAGUGUGUGACUUUAAUGACUUUCUGUGGAAAGCAGAGACGAAGGAGCUCGAUGUGGGCUCCUGUGUGGCCAGCCCAACCCUCCCGUGUGACAACUACCAGACUCCCACUGAGCCAUCCUGCCAGACUCCCAGAGAGUCGCCUGGGGUGGUACAGCAGUUUGUCACCUUGACCCGUCGUCAGAUUUCCAAUGAUUUCCGAGAUCUGCCCACCCUCCUCAUUCACGGGGCAGAGGCCUGCUUGAUGUCUCUGAUCAUCGGGUUCCUCUACUUUGGCCACGGGGACGUCAAGCUCUCCUUCACAGACACGGCGGCCCUCUUGUUCAUGAUCGGCGCGCUCAUCCCUUUCAACGUGAUCCUGGACGUCGUCUCCAAAUGUCACUCGGAGCGGGCGAUGCUGUAUUCGGAACUGGAAGACGGGCUCUACACCACUGGUCCAUAUUACUUUGCCAAGAUCCUUGGGGAGCUGCCAGAGCACUGCGCCUACGUCAUCAUCUACGGGAUGCCCACCUACUGGCUGGCCAACCUGGAGCCAAGCUUCCUGCCCUUCCUGCUGCACUUCCUGCUGGUGUGGCUAGUGGUCUUCUGCUGCAGGGCCAUGGCCCUGGCCGCCGCCGCCCUCCUGCCCACCUUCCACAUGUCCUCCUUCUUCUGCCACGCCCUCUACAAUUGCUUCUACACCACCGGGGGCUUCAUGAUCAACCUGAAGAACCUGUGGGCAGUGCCUAUGUGGAUUUCCAAGGUGUCCUUCCUCCAGUGGUGUUUCGCAGGGCUGAUGCAGAUCCAGUUUAAUGGGCGCCUUUAUACUGUGCAGUUCGGAAACAUCACGUUCUCAAUCUCAGGAGAUAAAAUGGUCAGUGAUAUGGACCUGAACUCCCAACCUCUCUAUGCCAUCUACCUCAUCCUCAUCAGCAUCAGCUGUGGUUUCCUGUUCCUGUACUAUGUGUCCUUGAGGUUCAUCAAGCAGAAGCCAAGUCAAGACUGGUGAUUCGCACCCAGACUCUU